GAAGUUGCUUAUUGAUGACCGCUGCAGCUCAAAGUGAAACACAUGGAUUUCUAGUAAGUUUCAUUUUGUUGGCUGAUGAAGAUCUGAAUUACAACUCAUCCCUAGUGAUCACACAUUGGCAUAUACAGAAAAUUUCACUGGACACAAAUCGGCAGAGAGAAGAAACAUGUCAGACACUCAUACCAUUGAUGAAGGCCUGUACUCCAGACAGCUGUAUGUUCUGGGACAUGAGGCGAUGACAAAGAUGGCCCAUUCGGAUGUGCUCAUUUCUGGAAUGCGAGGACUAGGAGUGGAGAUUGCCAAAAAUGUUGCUUUGGGGGGUGUGAGGUCAGUUGUAAUCCAUGAUGACCAGAACGCAGAAUGGCAGGACCUUUCCUCACAGUUUUUCUUGAAGGAAGGAGAUAUUGGGAAGAAUCGGGCACUGGCCUCUCAAAUGCAUCUGUCAGAACUUAACAACUACGUGCAUGUGUUGACUCAAAGUGGGGAACUUUCUGAGGACCUGCUGUCCAAGUUUGAUGUUGUGGUGCUGACAAACUCCUCUCUGGAUGAACAGUUGCGGAUUGGCAGUUUUUGCCAUAGUAACAACAUUAAGUUUAUUGUGGCUGAUACCAAAGGUCUGAUUGGACAAUUAUUUUGUGACUUUGGAGAAGAAUUUAUUGUAUAUGACUCCGAUGGAGAGCAACCCAUCUCUGCAAUGGUGCUUAAUAUCACAAAGGGAAGUCCAGGGAUUGUUACUUGCCUGGAUGAACAUUCACAUGGAUUUCAGAAUGGUGAUUAUGUUACCUUCUCAGAAGUAAAAGGAAUGACCGAACUUAAUCAAUGCAGUCCCAUGGAAAUCAAAGUGCUUGAUAGAUAUUCUUUCAGUAUAUGUGAUACUUCCAGUUUCUCAGACAUCGGUACUGGGGGCUAUGUGACGGAGGUGAAGAUGCCAAAGAAGUACAGCUUUAAACCAUUGGAGGAGGCACUGAAGGAACCAAAUAUCAUACCUAGUGAUUUUGGGAAAAUUGAAAGACACCAGUGUUUACACAUUGCUUUUCAAGCUCUUCACCAGUUUGUGAAAGAGAAUGGAAGACUUCCUGGUCCUAGGAAUGAGACAGAUGCCAGGAAGCUUUUUACCAUUGCAAAGGCGAUAAAUGCAGAUGCAUUGGUUCCGGUAGAGAUGGAUGAUUCUUUUCAUGAAGAUUUGUUCAGUAAGGUGGCGUACAUGGCUGUGGGGGACCUAAUCCCGAUGAAUGCUGUCAUUGGAGGCAUUGCAGCACAGGAGGUGAUGAAGGCAUGUACAGGAAAGUUCACACCUUUGAGGCAAUGGCUAUACUUUGAUGCUCUGGAAUGCUUGCCCUUGGAAACUAAUGACAUCCUGAAUGAAGAGACUUGUGCUCCUAGAGGAUGUCGUUACGAUGGGCAGAUUGCAGUCUUUGGUGCAGACUUCCAGAAAAAGCUGGGGAAACAGAAAUAUUUUCUGGUUGGUGCUGGGGCAAUUGGAUGUGAGCUACUGAAAAACUUUGCAAUGAUUGGCCUAGCCACAAAAGAAGAUGGUGGCUGCAUUACAGUAACAGACAUGGAUUCCAUUGAACGGUCCAACCUAAACAGACAGUUCCUGUUCCGAGACAGAGAUGUUUCUAAACCAAAGUCUGAUACUGCAGCCAUUGCUGCAAAACAAAUGAACCCUCAUAUUCAUAUCGUAUCACAUCAGAAUCGAGUUGGCGAAGAGACUGAGCACAUCUACAAUGAUGAAUUCUUCACAGAGCUUGAUGGAGUUGCCAAUGCCCUGGAUAAUGUGGAAGCAAGAAUGUACAUGGAUGGGCGCUGUGUGUUUUAUGGCAAGCCACUGUUAGAAUCGGGAACCCUUGGCACAAAAGGGAACACACAGGUUAUUCUUCCAUUUUUGACGGAAUCCUAUGGGACUAAUCGUGACCCUACGGAUAUGGGUUUUCCAAUGUGUACCCUCAAGCAUUUCCCCAAUGCAAUUGAGCACACUCUGCAGUGGGCAAGGGAUGAAUUUGAGGGCCUCUUCAAGCAGCCUGCUGUGUGUGUCGAACAGUAUUUACGGGACAACAACUUUAAAGAAAGGAUUCUACAGCAGUCAGACCUCCAGACCCUAAACACGCUAGAGACCAUCUACAACACUCUUGUCACAGACAGGCCUACUUACUGGGCUGACUGUGUAAGAUGGGCCAGGAACCACUUCCAAAUCCUGUAUCAGAACAACAUUAGACAACUUCUACACAACUUUCCUCCUGAUCAUGUUACCAGCUCAGGUGUUCAGUUCUGGUCAGGACCUAAGCGAUGCCCAAAGCCCCUGGAUUUUGAUGCCAAUAAUAUACUUCAUCUGGAUUACAUAGUUACAACUGCCAAGCUGUUCGCUGAAACAUAUGGUAUCCAGUGGGACACAGACAGAGCUUCUAUCAUUAACAUACUAUCAGAGGUGAAGGUUUCUAAAUUCACUCCCAGAUCUGGAGUGAAGAUCCACGUUGAUGACAAGGAGAUGCAGGAUGAUGCAGAAAGCGUGGAUGAAGACAGGCUACAAGAACUGAAAACAAAAUUGUCUGAUGCAUCAGUAUUUCAAGGAAUCCAUAUGCAUCCCAUUGACUUUGAAAAGGAUGAUGACACAAACUAUCACAUGGGUUUCAUUACCGCAGCUUCUAACCUGAGAGCAGAAAAUUACAGCAUCCCCCCUGCAGACCGACACAAGAGCAAACUAAUUGCAGGAAAGAUUAUACCUGCCAUUGCCACUACCACUGCUGUUGUUUCUGGCUUAGUGUGUUUGCAUCUCUACAACAUCGUACAAGGUCAGAAGACAAUUAAAAGAUUCAGGAAUGGCUUCAUUAACCUUGCAAUUCCUUUCUUUGCUUUCUCUGAGCCCCUCGCUGCCAAAAGUAACUUGUAUCAUGACAUAGAGUGGACUGUGUGGGACAGCUUCAAAGUUCAGGGCCGUAAACCUAAUGGAGACGAAAUGACUCUGCAAGAGUUCUUGGAUCACUUCAAGAGAGAGCAUAAAUUGGAUGUGUCUAUUGUGACCCAUGGAAAUGCGCUACUUCUUGCACCGUUUUGGGUUGAGGAAAAACAAAGGCAGCAUCUUACACAAAGGAUGACAGAGCUUGUUAGAAGUGUCACCAAAAAUGAGAUCCCGUCUCAUGUGAAGGUUUUGAAAUUUGAAAUUGACUGCAGCACAGAUGAUGCGGAUAUGGGAAGACCACCAGUCCACUACUGGAUUUCCUAACAUCAAUUUUGCUUGCAUUACUGAAAACACUCAGUUUAGUGAGGCAGUGCUUUGCGUGAUUAACCUUUUAUAUUGUGAUCAUUAUUGAAUAGUAACUAUCUUGCUAUUUUUGAAGUUCAACUUGCCAUUUGUUUCUCCCUGAAUCAUUACUGCAGCGUUAUUGCUGUUAUAUCAACACGUACAAAAAUGAAUUAACCAGCAUUUAGUAAAAAGAAAAGUAUGUUACAUUAGACUACUGAAGAUUUUGCGAUGUGUAAUUAGAAUAAUUUAUUCCUUCCUUUCUUUAAAAUAAAAAUAUUAACCCUG